GUCACUGGCUGCUGUAUUAUCAUGGCUCAGUUUAAAUAUCGGUGCAGCGUGUUCUUUCUCUGCUGAAGCACACUGCGCCUCGUCUGUUUUCAAGUUUUUGUCAUUUUAUGAGAGGAAUAAAAUUGCACAAGUUACCGAAAAACGUUGUUCGGCAACAACAAACCAUUAGUCGACCGCUGGCGAUAAUUUGGGAUUAUGGUCAUCAAGGUUUACGUCGCUUCCUCAAGUGGCUCUAUCGCGGUAAAGAAACAUCAGCAGGCAGUUGUGGGUUUCCUGGAGGCAAAUCGAAUUAACUUCCAGGAAGUCGACAUUACCAUGCUGGAGGAGCAGAGGCUCUGGAUGUACCGCAACAUCCCCAAGGAAAAGAAACCAGAGAAAGGCAAUCCACUGCCUCCACAGAUCUUCAAUGAGGAUCGCUACUGUGGUGACUACGAAGAUUUCUUCCAGUCAAAGGAGAACAACACUGUGUUUGCAUUCCUUGGACUCAGUUCUCCACUCAGUAAGACAAAUUUAGAGUGCUAGAUCAAGCCCAUCUUUACACGUGCAUAACUUCCUGCAUUGCAUCACCUCCUUUCUCGUGACAACUCCAGAGUUUUGCCAAACUUCAGCCCUAGUGAAUGCCGCCUCGCUGACCCAUUCACCGGAUCUGAAAAGGGCCCAAUGCUGCAGCUACAGAGAUGAAAUCAUGGAGGACUAACUUUGCCUGGGUUCCGUUUGCGUUUGGUUUUGUUGCUUAACAUGGUGUGUCGGCAAACGAUGCUUGUAGCACAUGUCCCUGCUAACUCGAGAACCACGUAGCAGCAUUUUCAUCAGUGGCCUUUUAAAAGUGUCAGUGCAAUGGAUGGAGGUAAAUGUUUAGGUGCUUCACUACAAGACAGCUUUUGUUUACACCCUUGUUUAAGUGAGCGAGCGUCUGUGUGCAUACUUUCUGUUAGCGUCUGCAUCAGUCAGCAGCUGCUAAUGACGGUUGGUUGGAUGAAGGGAAGACUUAAUGUAGCCUAAAACAAACCAGGAAUUCGCCUGGGUGCUUGUCUAUGUCUAUGUUAUGACCAAAUGCUAAAAAAAAAAUCUAAUCUUACAAGCUCAAAAGGUUUACUAAAUGUCAGAAUUAAAUAAUUUGUAGCUACCCGUAUCUAGUUAAAUAAUCCUGUUUCAAUAUUUCAUGUUUAUUUGUUUUCUGUGCAUGCAGUCGGUCUAGUGGUCAUGAUUUAAACUUGGGACAUUUUGGCUUUCCCAAGCUGUCUCUGGGUCUAUUUCUUGGACUCUUCAGUUCUAUUGAGGCUGCAUUUUGUUACAGACGAAGACAAACAAAGGCUGUAUGGAUCAUUUUAAUCCUCGGAUUAGGUGCUCCAGUUGUUUUGACAGCUUGUCUUUCCCCUUCUCUCUACACUGCCAAAUGUCAAAGUAAACAUGCACUCCACUGUGGACAGACUUCCAUAUUUGUGCUGUACAUGUCAUGACAUAUAAGUUUAACUUUUCUUAUCUUUCAGUCUUAAGUCCAUAUUUGCCCUCCAAUCCCUGUUAAAUUGUGCUGGUUUGAUAUUAUCUCAUCAUCAUGGAUGAACAGAUCUAUUAUUUUAUCAACUCAAACGUAGCAUUACAGGCAAAGUUUCAUGCAAAAAUAUUCCCAAUUUUGCUGAUAUGUCUCCUUAGUUGUUGCAUCAUGAGAUGACCUUGUAUUGUUUUGCUGUCUUUUUUAAAAAUUUGGCUUGUGUUUCUUCUUGUAAUAAGCUCAUAAGAAUUGUAUUCAAUCACACAUUACUGUAAAGAUUAUUUUUGCAUAAAUGCAGAUUACAAUAUUUCACAAUAAUUGCUUUGCUGUCAAGUGCAUUUUAUUUUUUACACUAGCUUUGAUUUUACUAUUUUAAAAUGCUUUUACUCUGUAACAGAUGAGCACAACUGUAAAAUAUAGUAAACUAAUAAUUAAUUUUUUAAAAAUGAAUCAGUAGAAGGAGAUCAGCACACCAUGGAAAAAACAAAGUGUGGCUGUUUUACAGAGAGCAUCACAUACACUGCCUUACAAAUGUGUCAUGGGCACAAAAAUUGCACUAAUUUAAAUGUAUUAUGACCGAACAAAAGUUCCACAUAAGAGUAAAGUGAAAGGAGUAAAAUUGCUUUUAAGUUAAGUUAUUUGUGUUUUAUUUCAUUACACAGAAAAUGUAAUGAGAUACAGAAAAUCAAAUUUAGUUUAUUUUGGUCAUUUACACCCUGGUAUUACUUUGUCAGAAAUAUGUAUGUGGCUCCUUUAACAGUAAAACAAAAACGGACGUAAAAGCUUUAUCCUGUAAAUUACGGCAAUAAAGCCUUAACAUCUCUACAGCCAAGUCCCCAGUUUGCUGCUCUCUUCUGUGUAAACCUAAUGGAGUUAACCAUGGAGCAAAUAAAAUGUUCUUAUUUGACUUUCAGAUUCCAAGAUAGUUUUGGACCAUCAUAAUUACAAUUAAAGUGUUCAUUAAAUGAAUUUUCCUAACA